GUUAUUCAAUCAAUGCCGCUAUAUAUGAUGGGAAAACUGAGAGUGUACAGGAUAGAGUUUGAUGAUUUACGGGCUGUAUACAAACCAGGACAAGACGUGACAGGACGACUUAUCAUAGAACUGGACACGGGAAUAAACGUCAGGGAGAUACGCAUGAAAUGUGUUGGUUGGGGGGAGGUUCACUGGACCCGGAAAAUACAGUCAGGGGGACCGGGGCAAAAGCAGAAAACAGAGACCAUACACUUCAACGGGGAGGAAAACUAUUUCAGGAACGCCCUUGCUCUAUAUGGCAAAGUCGCUGAUACAGGAGACUGGCUUCCACAAGGUCGACAUAUCUUCCAUUUCUCCUUCACGCUCCCGUCCAUGCUACCUUCCUCCUAUAAUGAUAAAUUUGGAAGCAUUGUGUAUGAGGUGUCGGCCAUUUUAGAUCUGAAUUUUUGGUCUACAGAUCAAAUCAUUCGAAAGGAAUUCAAAGUCGUGAGCGACGUUGACCUAAAUAAGUACCCAGGAGCAGAGGCAUCAAUAGAAAUUCAGAAUUUCAAGUAUGUUUGUUGUUGGUGCUGUAAAUCCGGACCUAUCACGGGGAUUCUCAGAACUUCUAAAACCGGUUACGUCUCAGGGGAACCCGUGGUAUUUGAUAUUACCAUACAGAACCGUUCUAGUCGAGUGUGUGGGGUAUCUGUCGUCUUUUUAAAGGAGACUGUUUACCACGCCAAAGGAGAAAAGAAAGUGUGUGUCGCAGAGAUUAAGAAAUCUCAGUAUGAGGAUGUAAUGCCCGGAGAAAUCCAGACGUGGGACGACGAGGAGUUUGAUGUACCCCCCGUACCCCCGCCCUGUCUCGAGGGAUGCAAGCUUAUCACCAUUGAUCAUUACUUAAAGUUGGUGAUAGACCCUGCAGGGCCUGCUUUUCACUUAACCGUUCCUGUAAAGUUGAUAAUAGGAUCCAUCCCUAGCUAUGGGACGCAUGGAAUGUUUGACAUAUGAAUUUAAUAUUGUGAGGAUAAAACUUCUCCUGACAAGAGCAUAACUCCCAGUACUCAUAUAAGCCAUUGAUUCACCAUAAUUCCAUAUGAUUCAUACUGAAUUUAUAAAAUAGUAAAUCAAUUUUAAAUAGUGAUAUAG